AUGCUCCCGCUUUCCAUCAACCCGCCCCAUUCUUCCUCCUUUCAUCACCCCGCCCCAUUCUCCCGCUUUCCAUCACCCCGCCCCAUUCUCCCGCUUUCCAUCACUCCGCCCCAUUCUCCCGCUUUCCAUCACCCCGCCCCAUUCUCCCCCCCAUUCUCCCUCCUUCCAUCACCCCGCCCCAUUCUCCCGUUUUCCAUCACCCCGCCCCAUUCUCCCGCUUUCCAUCACCCCGCCCCAUUCUCCCUCCUUCCAUCACCCCCGCCCCAUUCUCCCGCUUUCCAUCACCCCGCCCCAUUCUCCCGCUUUCCAUCCCCCCGCCGCUUUCCAUCACCCCGCCCCAUUCUCCCGCUUUCCAUCACCCCGCCCCAUUCUCUCGCUUUCCAUCACCCGCCCCAUUCUCCCGCUUUCCAUCACCCCGCCCCAUUCUCCCGCUUUCCAUCACCCCGCCCCAUUCUCCCGCUUUCCAUCACCCCACCCCAUUCUCCCUCCUUCCAUCACCCCCGCCCCAUUCUCCCGCUUUCCAUCACCCCGCCCCAUUCUCCCGCUUUCCAUCACCCCGCCCAUUCUCCCGCAUUCCAUCACCCCGCCCCAUUCUCCCGCUUUCCAUCACCCCGCCCCAUUCUAACGCUUUCCAUCACCCCGCCCCAUUCACCCGAUUUCCAUCACCCCGCCCCAUUCCCCCGCUUUCCAUCACCCCGCCCCAUUCUCCCUCCUUCCAUCACCCCGCCCCAUUCUCCCGUUUUCCAUCACCCCGCCCCAUUCUUCCGCUUUCCAUCACCCCGCCCCACUCUCCCUCCUUCCAUCACCCCGCCAUAUUCUCCCGCUUUCCAUCACCCCGCCCCAUUCUCCCGCUUUCCAUCACCCCGCCCCAUUCUCCCGCUUUCCAUCACCCCGCCCCAUUCUCCCGCUUUCCAUCACCCCGCCCCAUUCUCCCGCUUUCCAUCACCCCGCCCCAUUCUCCCGCUUUCCAUCACCCGCCCCAUUCUCCCGCUUUCCAUCACCCCGCCCCAUUCUCCCGCUUUCCAUCACCCCGCCCCAUUCUCCCUCCUUCCAUCACCCCGCCCCAUUCUCCCGCUUUCCAUCACCCCCGCCCCAUUCUCCCGCUUUCCAUCACCCUGCCCCAUUCUCCCGCAUUCCAUCACCCCGCCCCAUUCUCCCGCUUUCCAUCACCCCGCCCCAUUCUAA